AGAGAAAACUGGGAGACAACCGAGUCAACAAGUGUAGACGGACUGCAGCGCCCAUCCAAUGAAUGCACUGCAAACCUGUGUUUGCUUCCCUCUGAAUGGACAGAUUCCGCUGUCAAUCUGCGUCCUCGUCGCUGAUUGGUCCCAGAGGCAGUGGGCGGGCGUUGCAGUAUUUGUUGUUUUCGUUCAGCAGAAUAAGUCGACAUCUUUGAAAACAAUCCUAUUCUCGUAUUUUUUUUAAAGGUAAUUUUCACCAAAGGCAUUAUUUUGAGAAACUUGGAGACUCAAGGGACCAGCGGAGUAAAUCUGGAGUUUGUUGUGUUUUGAGUGAAAGUCGUUUUUGUCUUUUUUUCCACGAUGGGCAGUCAGUACCAGCGCUCAGUCCCACUAGAGGUGAGGAGAGCAGAAGGAGAGAGAGUUCGGGCCAAGCAUCCCGACAAGAUACCGAUCAUUGUGGAGAGGGCCACGAGGUCACGAGCUCCUGACCUGGACAAGAAGAAAUACCUGGUGCCCUCAGAUUUAACAGUGGGCCAGUUGUGCUUCCUGAUCCGUCAGCGUGUUUCUUUGAGACCGGAGGAGGCACUCUUCUUCUUCGUCAACAACUCCCUUCCCCCAUCCAGUUCCCCUCUCUCAGCUGUAUAUGAGGAGCACCAUGAAGAGGACCUGUUUCUCUACUUGACCUACAGUAACGAGAGCGUGUACGGUGCCUGAGGGAGGACAAAAGACUGGAGAAAGAGAGAGAUAAUGAGAGGAGACAGAGUGAGACUGUCUGAGGAAUAAAGAGAGUUAAGGCUGUUUGUAAUGCAUCACACCACUAUUAUUCUCUAUAUAAGUUUUGAUAAGCAACUACAGUACAUGGUGGAAGAAAGGCUUUGCAAAAGGCAGAGGGGACGCUGGUAGGGUUAAACGUCUUCAGUAUUUUUGGCGUAAUGCAUUGAAGUACUCUUCAAGUUAUGUUGAUGGGCUUACUUGGUGAAAGUAGAAAGAGGAAGAAGAUGAAAGGAAAGAAUGAAUGCAUUUCAAAAUGAAGUUAUAUUGAAAGCUCUCGUAAUCUUUCUCAGUCGUCUGUAUUUAAUGCAAAUAGUUUUCUUUUUUUUGUAAAUUAAUAUCAAACUUUUGUGGGAAAUAAAGAUGAAAAUGCACAAA